AUGUCAACAUACCCUAGCAGUUUAGAUUGGAGGACUUCUCAAGCGCUAUGCUUAAUGCAAAAUCAUUUAGAUCAAAAUCAUCUUGAUUACUACCCUGAUUAGACCAGAAUAUCAAACGUAAAUAGAUAAGAAAUUCCUAGGAUCGAAUAUUUCUCAUUUUUCAUAUUUAGUUUAAUCUAAAAAGAAGGUUUGUUUUGA